UUCAGGAGGCCUCGCGACACAAACACGGGCGACUGUUUUUGUGUGGAAACUCUGACGGAUUGUUUUGUAAUAUCUAGCGUGUUUUGUAACAACACGAAUACGUUUCGUUGCGUGAUGUACAAAGUGGGGGAGGAAUGGAGGAAAGCGAAAAGUGUUUUUAUUGUUCGCGAGGGGAGAUAGAAAGAUGUGCGUAGCCGAACUAGCUUAGCUUAGCAGCGGCUAUCGUUUGUUUUGACUAAACGACUAAAGUGCUCUCAGACUGUUAUUUCUAUCAAAACUCAAUUUGUUAUUUGAAUAACCAAGAACACAAGCGGCUCAGGUUUCUGUACGAUUUCGCCUAUCAUAUCAGAGCAAGGCUAACUAGCGAGCCUCUGCAAGGAAUCUAUUAAGUAUCGAGCUAACGCUUUGCUAACAGUCGAAAUCAUCUCUAAGCAUCCCAGGUUAACUCUACGAACGGCUUGAACGUUUGUUAUGGAUUGAGUGAGAUGUGAGGGAUGGUCAGCGAAUAAAUAUCUCUGUGGAUCUCUGUGCGCGUUAGACUUCUGUGCCCAGCCGUCAGUAUGAAUGGGGACAUGCCACAUGUGCCCAUUACAACCCUUGCUGGGAUCGCUGGUCUCACUGACUUGUUGAACCAGCUGCCCCUGCCCUCCCCUUUACCGGGCACCACCACUAAGAGCCUGCUGUACAAUGGGCGAGUAGCUGAGGACGUGGGGCAUCUGUUGGGCUGCAGGGACGAAACUCUGGUCUCUCAGCUCGCCAGCAGCCUCAGCCAGGUCUCCACGGAGCACAUAGAGCUGAAGGACAGCCUGGGCAGUGAUGAGCUGGAGGGAGAUGUACCAGUGCUGCUGCAGCUUUUGAUGUCCAGAAACCCCAACAUUUUCAGGAAUAAGACUGCACCCAACACUCCUCAGUAUUCAGCCCAAGCAGGUAUAAGUCAGCAGUCAAUGGCACCGCCGUAUAAAAUCACACAUGGCUCCAUGCAGGGAAGCCCAGCCUCUGCCAAUUAUCAGCAGGCCUCCAUGUCCCACAGUCCCUCUGGGCAUUUUGUGCCGGGCCAGUCUGGUCCUGGUGGACGGUUUCUUCCUCAGCAGGGCAGUCCAGUGCCCAGCCCAUAUGCCCCCCAGAGCCCUGCUACCGGUUACAGACAGUACCCUCACCCUCCAGCCUACAGUCAACACCAGCACCUACAGCAAGGUUCAGUAGCAAGUCCGAUGAUUCCAGGAGCCAUGAGAAAUGUUCAUGAAAAUAAGGAUCAAAUGAGGAUGGGUUUCACGUCUCACUUACUGCAGUCAUCUCCACCGUACACCCCUCCCUGCGACGGGACUAAAGACCUGCACCUGGGCUCCCAGGACAAACAACGAGGUCAGAAGUCCAGCGAGGGAGAGCAGGACUCCCCCGAUAAGGCCACAGUGUACGAUAUUGUGGGCUCGCCAACGAAAGACCACACUAAGCUGAUCCUGAGGCCGUCACGGGCGAGGCCAGCCGAGGUGGAGCUUGGGGGAAUGUACCCGGGCUCAGACCCUGAAGGAGAGCUCGUGGAGGCUCUUGCUGCUAUAGAAAGGAUGGAGAGUGAAGCAGCAAUGGAGACGGAACGCAGUGCUAAAGAGGUGCAGGACAAAGAUAAGCCUUUGAAGAAGCGCAAGCAGGACUCUCACCCCCAGGAGCCUGGCGCAGCUGGCACAGCAGGUUCAGGCUCUGGGGCUCCAGGUGGAGGAGGAGGGGCUAAUGCAGGUCACAGGCUGGCUCCUCAGGAAGCCAGUGCUGCAGGCACCAGUGCCAGCCACCCGGGUCUGCAAGUGAGCUUGGAGCAAGCAGGCAGAGUGGAGGACGACUGCAUGGGUAUGCCUAUCCCUGCCAGCGAGGCCCAGCGCUGGCCUCAGGAGCCACAGGAGGGCGUCACCCCAAAGGCCCUCAAACACGAGCACGACCAUGAUCCAGAACACCCGCAUUAUGAUGACAAACAGCCUGAUACCCCACGGCAAAAACACCGGCCCGAGGGCCGGCAUGGCGAUGGAGGUGCACAGCGAGCGGCGGUUCAGUCUGGAAGUAAACCGGUCGAGCUUCCUCCGUACAUGCUGGGUGAAAACACGGGAGCGCUUAAGAAUUUCACCAUUCCCAAAAUCAGGAAAGGGGAGCACGGGGGCGGUGAUAUUCCUGAAGGCUGGAAGCAGCCUUGCGUGCGGCUGGAGAGACUAGAAGCGGAUGUGGACGUGAAGAAGAGCGUCAAGCCUGUGGUGGUUCUGCAGAAACUCUCCAUCGAUGAGGUGCAAAGGCUGAUGAGGGAGAGAGACUCACGGGCCUCCAAGUCCGGCAAGAACAGACUCUCCUCUGGGAGAUCUGGGAAAGGUGGAAUAGACCCGUCUGUGCUGAAGGAUCUUCCUCCUGAACUGCUGGCAGAGAUCGAGUCCACCAUGCCGCUGUGUGAGCGGGUGAAGAUGAACAAACGCAAACGCAGCACUGUUAAUGAGAGGCCGAAAUAUGCAGAGGACAGCUCGGAGGAUGAAGAGUUCUCUUCUCGCAAACGUCAGAGGAAGGACCGGGAUCGAACGUGGGAGGCUGAAGAGCGAGACCGGAGGAGUUCAGGAGAGCAUCGAAGAGGAAACUUUGAUGCACGCAGAGGCUCCGGCAGCCGAUACGACGACUCGGACCAAGAUUCACCUCCACCCAGCCUUAACGAAGUUGCAAGACGUUUAAAGAUGAAGCAGAAGAAGAGGAAAGUGUAUGAGCCCAAGCUAACUCCUGAAGAAAUGAUGGACUCUUCCACCUUUAAGAGGUUCACGUUGAGUAUUGACAACAUCUUGGAGAAUCUCGAGGAUGUGGACUUUACUGCUCAGGAUGAUGAUGAGAUCCCUCAGGAGCUGUUGUUGGGCAAGCAGCAGCUGAAUGAAUUGGGCAGUGAAUCUGCUAAGAUAAAAGCCAUGGGCAUCACAAGCAGGAUUCCUUCUGAUAAACUCGUGAAACUGUUGAACAUCCUGGAGAAGAACAUUCUGGAUGGAGCCAGUCUUUCCACACUCAUGAACCUUGAUAAUGAGGGUGAGGAUGAGGAGCGUCUCUGGCGGGAUCUCAUCAUGGAGCGAGUGACCAAAUCAGCAGACGCAUGUCUGACAGCACUAAACAUCAUGACAUCAACACACAUGCCCAAAGCCGUGUACAUUGAGGACGUGAUCGAGAGGGUUUUACAGUACACUAAGUUCCACUUGCAGAACACGCUUUAUCCGCAGUAUGAUCCAGUCUACAGAGUCAACCCUAAAGGAGGGUCCAUGCUCAGCUCCAGAGCUAAGCGAGCGAAGUGUUCCACUGCCAAGCAGAAGGUCAUCAUCAUGCUCUAUAACAAAGUGUGUGACGUGGUCAGCAACAUCUCAGAGCUGCUGGAAAUUCAACUGAUGACUGAUACAACAAUAUUGCAGGUCUCUUCUAUGGGCAUCACUCCGUUCUUUGUGGAGAAUGUCAGUGAGCUGCAGCUGUGUGCCAUAAAGCUGGUGACGGCGGUCUUCUCUCGUUAUGAGAAGCACAGACAGUUAAUCCUAGAGGAGAUCUUUACCUCUUUGGCUAGAUUGCCCACCAGCAAACGCAGCCUCAGGAACUUCAGGUUGAACAGCAGUGAUGAUGAGGGUGAACCCAUAUACAUUCAGAUGGUUAGUGCUCUAGUGCUGCAGUUAAUCCAGUGUGUGGUCCAUUUACCGGCUGACAGAGACUCUGAGGAUGAUCACAAGAAGGUUGACGAUGAUGUGUUCAUCACCAACUCGUAUGAAACUGCCAGGCGGACUGCUCAGAACUUCCUUUCUGUCUUCCUCAAGAAGUGUGGCAGUAAACAGGGUGAGGAAGACUACAGGCCGCUGUUUGAGAACUUUGUGCAGGAUCUGCUGUCUACUGUCAACAAACCCGACUGGCCCGCUUCAGAAUUACUGCUGAGCCUUCUGGGUAGAUUACUGGUGCAUCAGUUCAGUAAUAAGCAGACAGAGAUGGCACUGCGAGUGGCAUCGCUGGAUUAUCUCGGUACCGUAGCAGCCAGAUUGAGAAAAGAUUCCGUCACCAGCAGGAUGGACCAGAAAGCCAUUGACCGCAUCAUCAGAGAGAACACAGAGGGAGAUGAGACCCAGCGGCUACAGAAAGCUCUGCUGGAUUAUAUGGAUGAGAAUGCAGAAACAGACCCUGCCCUUGCUUUUGCACGUAAAUUUUACAUCGCUCAGUGGUUCCGAGACUGCACUACAGAGACCGAGAAGGCCAUGAGGAGUCAGAAUCAGAAGGAGGAUGAUUCAGAUGGGGCGCAGCAUGCCAAAGAGCUUCAGGCCACAGGAGACAUCAUGCAGCGCGCUGAAACCCGCAAGAAAUUCCUCCACUCCGUUGUUAAAUCAACUCCCAAUCAAUUUACUACUCUCAGGAUGAAUUCAGACACUGUGGACUAUGACGACGCCUGCCUUAUUGUUCGCUACCUGGCCUCCACCAGACCCUUCUCUCAGAGCUUUGACAUCUACCUGACACAGAUUCUAAGAGUGUUAGGUGAGAGCGCCAUAGCUGUCAGGACCAAAGCCAUGAAGUGUCUGUCUGAGGUUGUGGCUGUUGACCCCAGUAUACUGGCCAGGUCUGAUAUGCAGCGUGGUGUUCACGGGAGGUUGAUGGAUAACUCCACCAGUGUGCGGGAAGCAGCGGUCGAGCUGCUGGGACGCUUUGUGUUGAGUCGACCUCAGCUGACAGAGCAGUACUACGACAUGCUCAUCGAGAGGAUACUGGACACCGGUAUCAGUGUGAGGAAGAGGGUGAUCAAGAUUCUGAGGGACAUCUGUUUAGAGCAGCCCAACUUCAGCAAGAUCACAGAGAUGUGUGUGAAGAUGAUCCGCAGGGUCAAUGACGAGGAGGGCAUCAAGAAACUGGUGAAUGAAACAUUCCAGAAGCUGUGGUUUACACCCACACCCAACCACGACAAAGAGACAAUGAAUAGGAAGAUUCUCAACAUCACUGAUGUGGUCUCUGCCUGCAAGGACACUGGCUAUGACUGGUUUGAGCAGCUCCUGCAGAACCUUUUAAAGUCAGAGGAGGAUUCGUCCUAUAAGCCAACCAGGAAAGCCUGUGUGCAGUUGGUUGACAAUCUUGUGGAGCACAUCCUCAAAUAUGAGGAGGCACUUGCAGAGCAUAAAAGUGUGAACUCGACGCGGUUGGUGGCGUGCAUCACCACGCUGUAUCUGUUCAGUAAAAUCAGAGCGCAGCUGAUGGUCAAGCAUGCUAUGACUAUGCAGCCCUACCUCACCACCAAGUGCAGUUCUCAGAGUGACUUUAUGGUGAUUUGUAAUGUUGCAAAAAUCCUAGAGCUGGUGGUUCCUCUGAUGGAUCAUCCCAGCGAGAGCUUCCUGACCACCAUUGAAGAAGACCUAAUGAAGCUCAUCCUAAAAUAUGGCAUGACCGUUGUCCAGUACUGUGUGAGCUGUUUGGGUGCGAUCGUGAAUAAAGUCACCCAUAACUAUAAGUUUGUGUGGGCCUGUUUUAAUCGUUAUUAUGGGGCUCUGACUAAGUUAAAGAUCCAGCAUCAGGAGGGAACGAACAGCAUGGCAUUGGCUGCCACCAAAGCAGCCCUGCUCAGAUCUCUGUUCACCGCUGGCGCGCUCUGCAGACACUUCGACUUUGAUCUGGAGCAGUUCAAGGGCACUACUAAGGUUGUUAUAAAGGAGAAGGUUUUGGAAUUAUUACUGUAUUUCACCAAUCAUGAGGACGAGGAAGUUAAAUGCAAAGCCAUCAUUGGGUUGGGCUUCCUGUUCAUUAUGCACCCGAGUCAGAUGUUCGUUCCCGAGGUGAAGACUCUGUAUAACGGGCUUCUGUCUGAUAACCGGAGCUCCAUCACACUGAAGAUCCAGGUGUUGAAGAACCUUCAGAUGUACCUUCAGGAAGAGGAUACACGCAUGCAGGAGGCAGACAGAGAAUGGAAUAAACUGUCGAAGCAGGAGGACCUGAAAGAGAUGGGUGACAUCUCGUCUGGUAUGAGCAGCUCCAUCAUGCAGCUUUAUUUGAAGCAGGUGCUGGAGUCGUUUUUCCACACACAGUCCAGUGUACGACACUUUGCCCUCAAUGUCAUCGCUCUGACACUCAGUCAGGGACUCAUACACCCUGUACAGUGUGUUCCAUAUCUGAUCGCGAUGGGCACAGACGCAGAGCCCACCAUGAGGAACAAAGCAGACCAGCAGCUGGUGGAGAUUGAUAAGAAGUACACUGGAUUCAUCCAUAUGAAAGCUGUAGCAGGGAUGAAGAUGUCGUACCAGGUGCAGCAGGCAGUCUUUGGAUUAGCCGGGUCUGUGAUCCGAGGUUUCCGUCAGGAUGAGUCCAAUUCAGCUCAGUGUUCACACCUCUACAGCAUGGUCCGCGCAAACAGACAACACCGGCGAGCGUUUCUCAUCUCACUGCUCAAUCUCUUCGACGACAGCUCGAAGAUGGAGGUGAACAUGCUGUUGUUCAUCGCUGAUAAUCUGGCCUACUUCCCCUAUCAGAGUCAGGAGGAGCCGCUGUUCAUCAUGCAUCAUAUAGACAUCACACUGUCUGUAUCGGGGAGCAACCUGCUGCAGACCUUUAAAGAGUCUCUGGUUAAGAUACCAGGCAGGAAAAGCAGGAAAAGGAGACGACGGCGGAGGCGACCGCAACGCCAGCAACCACAACCACAACCGCAGCAGCAGCAGCAGCAGAACGGUUCAGAGGAGGAGAGAGGAGCGCAGGAAGAGGAGAGGGAAAGACAUAGUGGAGAGGAGGAGUAUGAUGAUGAUGAUUAUGAGGAGGAUGAGGACGGCCAUCGGGUAAGGAAGCCCAAGCCCACGGAGGACAUCAGACAGUCUGAGUCGGAUUCAGAAUCAGACCUCGAUGAUGCUGAUGCCGUAAUGGAGCGUCUUCCUGAUGACUCAACAUCGCUCGUGGACUUCGCCAGAGCGUCGCAGGGCAUACUGUUACUGCUGGUGCUCAAACAACACCUCAAGAACCUCUACGGCUUUUCUGACGGCAAAAUUCAGAAGUACUCUCCCUCGGAGUCGGCCAAGGUGUACGAUAAAGCAGUAAACAGGAAGACGUUGGCCAACUUCAACCCACAGCAGACCAUCGACUUCCUCCGUCAUCAUCAGGUUCAUGGCGAGUUGACCUACGAGCUGAAGAGGAAGAUCGUCAAACAGUUCCUCGACUUUAAGCUGUUGAUGGAGCACCUGGACCCUGAUGAGGAGGACGAGGAUGGAGAUACGAGUGCAAACGUGAGGAAUAAAGCCAUCACUGCACUGCUGGGUGGAUCAGCCGCGAGUCCCCGAAACCACCACACAGCCGACUCUGAGGAGGACGAUGAGAGGAGUGAAGGAGAGGAGAGGACCCCCGGGGUAUCUCGACGUGGGAGACGCACUGGAGACUCAGCAGAACUGCUGUCAGCAAACAUGAACGAAUCCGUCAGCGCGCUCGAUAUCAUCGCCAUCCACUGCCCCAAGUACCGCGACCGGCCGCAGAUUGCCCGCGUCAUCCAGAAGAACAGCGACGGCUACAGCAUCCACUGGAUGGCCGGCUCAUAUUCCAGCACGUGGGCCGAGGCCAAAAAGCGUGACGGACGCAAGCUGGUGCCUUGGGUGGACAGCAUCAAAGAGACCGACAUCAUCUACAAAAAAAUCACGCUCACCAGUGGCAACAAGCUCAACCACAAAGUGGCGCAGACUCUACGUUCACUCUACGCUGCCAAGGACAGGAACUCCAGCUAAUAAUACGUAAAUAAACACACGCAGGCACGCACAUACCUCCCAUCUCAGAUCCUCUCAGCCUAAUGCAACACACUCAACGUCUCUCCAUGAACGGCCAAACAUCUACCAGGUCAGCCAAACACACACACUCAAAAACACGAGCGGCUAUUCUACACUACAGACUCUUUCUCUCUCUCUCUCUCUCUUUCUCUCUGAUGCACUCUGGGUCUGGUGGUGACAUUUUUUGCCCUCUGCACCAGGGUGCAUCGUCGUAUCGCAGGAAUAAAAAUGUUUGGAGAAACAUUGUAUGGGUGCUCCUUCGCUGUUGUGCAGCAGAUUUCUGGUUGUUUGAUUUCUACUCCCAGUGUAUCAUAGUUUAACAUAAAAAUAUUGUUUAUAUCUAUAAAAGAAAUUUAAAUAUAUACUGAAUGUUGAAAGAAUUAGUUUGUUGAUGUUUUUACUUUUUAUUUUCCAAUUUUCCUUUAUUUUUCUCUCUCGUUUUUUCGGAUUUCCUAGCGUCAAGCAGCUUUCUAUAUAGCUUAGCUCCUUCUUUACCGGCUGAUGACGACUCUCUCUGUUUGUCCAUUUUUGUACGAUAGCACCGUGUGGCUGUAAUUUAUUGUGUAUAGCAUGCAGUGUCUGUGAGGAGGGCUGUGUCGAAGGAGAUUUUUGCGAUAACAGGUCGCCCUGCUCAGCGUAAAGGGACCCACAUGCCUCUGAUGGAACAAAUACUGCAAUAAAUUUUCUACUUCUCUUA